UGUUUGCUUUCAAAAAAUUGUUAAAAUGAAACCAUAAUUUUAAUAUCACACUGAGUCGCUCUUAAUGUUUAGUUUAAUAUCACUAAAAAGUAGCUGAAGAAUAUAGAUCUAGUCAAUAUAAAAUCAAUGACAGAAGACAAUUGACAACCAAGUGAUCGUCAAGAUAGGACAGUUUUGGAACAAUGUUAACAUUGAUUGUUGUGUAAAGUAAUAUCUUCUACUGAAUUAAAGAAAAACAACUAAAAAAAAAAGAUUGGCGGAAUGGACGCUGAUCAAUUUGAUUUGAUAAAAUGGACGGGAAAAUGUGAGAAAGCAGAAGGAAAUAAUAAUCACCACAACCAAUUUAUAUCAGCAAAACUUUUCAUAAAUGAUUUACUUCCUGAAGCAGAAAGAGAUAUAGAGAAGAUGGAACAAUUACGGAAUCAGUUGAUUGAAAAAUGUAAAAAGGAUGACGCAAUGUUUACAAGAUUAAUCAUCCUAAUCAAUGACAUGAUCCACCUGUCUUUCCGAAUCGAAGUUGAUCAAGGUGAAAAUACGAGCCGAAAAGGUAGUGGAAGAUUUAUUUGUGACGGAGAGGACAUUAAAGCAAUCACAGCUGCACAUAUUGUAGAGGAUGAAAGUGAAGCCCGAAAUUCUAAAGUGUGGAUAAAUUUUAAUUGUCCUACUAUGAUUGAUCAGAAGGAAGAGAUGUGUGUCGAGAAUCUGAUUUCUUCCAAGAAAAAAGAAGAUUAUUGUGAAAUAGCCUUGAAUUUUAAUCAAGAAUUCAAGAACGAACUCAUAAAUAUUGGUAAAAGGAUGAAAACUAGAAGGAUUUACUUUUUAAAAAAUUUAAUGAAACGAAAGAAAAAUAGAUUAUUUAUUUUAGUCUCCCACCCGCAUGGCUGCUCUAAGUAUGUUUCUGUUGGAUAUUCCCUAAUAGAAGAUGGCCUUCCAAAGAGGAAUUCUACUUCAUCAGAAGAAGAAGAAAAAAAUGAUUUUGAUUAUUAUGAUUAUAAAUGUUAUGACACGCCAUCAUGUAAAGGUAGUAGCGGUGGACUACUGAUAUAUUUAAAUUCUGAAAAUGAGUAUGUGCACUCAAGCAGCCCAGGGGGUGAUAAUCGUAGCAGUGAACCAAUUAAUUUUCGUGCUCUUGUGGAUGACGGAGCCUUUGUAUAAAACGUUCUACAAAUAAUUGCCAGAAUUGAGGACCAUUGAAUAGAUAGUACAGUAAAUGUAAAGACAGACAUACAAAAUAGAACAUGUUGAGUCCAGACUUUGAAAAAUUAACAGACUAGUGCUAUAAAAAUAAGUUGAGCUUACAGAAGAGGGAUGAAGACAUCCAUAAAAGUGUCGCAGGAAUAAAUGGAUUGAGUGGUUGAAAAAAAUAUGAAGUGCGUUCGUCCAUUAAAAUGUUUGUUUUUAAAAUAAGGGCAUUUUAUCUUUAAUGAACCAUCCUAGUCUUUUUGGUAACUUAUCUCUUAACUGCACUCCAGUGGCAACUAAGUCACACAGACACUCAAUACAAGACUCUAAGUUUAUUAAUGCUGAGAUUCAGAGACUACUCAAAGAAGAAGUAAUAGAACCUUCAAAAUCCCCCUGGUGGGCACAGGUUCUAAUAACAGCCAAUGAGAGGCACAAAAGACGUAUGGUUAUUGACUAUAGUCAGACGAUCAACAGAUUUACGCUGCUAGACGCAUAUCCCAUGCCAAGAAUGGACGAAUUAGCAGAAAAUUCUGUCUUUAGCACUCUGGACCUCAAGAAUGCUUAUCAUCAGAUCCCGAUUAAAGAAGAAGAAAGGCCAUUUACAGCUUUCGAGGCUGAAGGUAGACUUUACCAGUUUCGAAGAAUUCCAUUUGGAGUUACAAAUGGAGUGGCUUGUUUCUAGUGAACAAUAGAUAAAAUAAUCUAAGACGAGCAACUAGAAAAUACAUUCGCUUAUGUGGACAAUGUGACCAUCUAUGGACAUGAUACCGAAUCUCUUGAUAGAAACCUACAGAGAUUAUUCAAAGUAGCUCAGAAGUAUGGUAUUACCUUCAACGAAGCUAAAAGUGAGAUUGGAACACAUAGUGUCAGACUGCUGGGAUAAAAAAUAUCUUAAGGUCAGCUUAAGCCUGACACAGAAAGAUUCAGAGCCUUGCGGGAAUUAAAUGCUCCGUCGAGCCUGCUAGAACAGAAACGAAUAGUGGGCCUGCUGGCUUAUUAUUCUCAAUGGAUUCCUAACUUCUCAGACAAAAUCAGCCUCUUAACUAGAAAUAUAAACGAUUUCCUGUCCAUGAGGAGGUCAAACAAGCAUUACAUGACCUAAAGGACGAGCCCAAGGAAUCCGUUGUAUUCACCAUUCAUUACCAUCGCCCGCUAACAGUGGAGACAGAUGCUUCUGACAUAGCUAUAUCAGCUACACUUAACCAAGAUGGCCGGCCUGAGGCUUUCUUUUCCCGGACACUAUCGCAAAGCGAAAGAAGGCGUAUGCAAUAGUAAAAUCUUUGAGAAAGUGGAAACACUUUCUUAUCGGAAGACCCUUUACCCUUGUCACGGACCAGCGAUCCUUGUCCUUUAUGUAUUGUAGACAAAAUAAAGGCAAGAUCAAGAGGUGGAGGUUAGAGCUAUCCUGCUUUCACUACGACGUCGUUUACAGACCCGGUACACAGAACACUGCUGCCGACACUUUCAGCAGAAAUCGCUAUUUAUCCGCAAUGUCAUGUAAAUACCUUAAAUUAUUCCACAAUAGUCACCCUGAUGUAACUCGAAUGCUACAUUUUGUGAGAUCAAAAAACUUACCUUUUUCUUGCAAUGACGUCAGAACAGUGAUCGACCAGUGCCAGACAUGUGCUGAACUUAAACCUUGAUUUUCAGGCAACCAAUAGGACAAUUAAUCAAAGCCACUCAUCCAUUCCUAAAGAAUAAGCAUGGACAUUAAGGGACCUCUCCCUUCCAACUCACGCAAUAAAUAUCUACUUACCAUGAUCGACGAAUUCUCUAGGUUUCCUUUUGCCUUUGCAUGUCCAGAUAUAUCAACUGCUACUGUUGUUAAAUUCUUAAAUGAGUUAUUUGCCUUAUUCGGGCUACCCUCCUAUGUCCAUACCGACAGAGGUACUUCCUUUAUGUCUGCUGAAGUACAGAAGUAUCUUAACGAAAGAGGAGUGGCUACGAGCAGGACCACGGCUAACAAUUCUAAAGGAAAUGGUCAAAUAGAGAAGCUCAGGACGUGAGUACGUCUCAGUGGGAACUAGUAUUGCAAUACACGUUGCAGUCAAUCUGUUUCUCGGCGACGAAGAAAACUCCACACGAGAGACUCUUUGGAUACUAUCGCAGAAGUUCUGGAACAUCCCUAGCAACAUGGUUAAUAUCUCCUGGUCCCGUGUUGUCAAAAAGAAAUAAUAGAUCCUCUAAGUAUGACCCAUUAACAGAAGAGGUAGAGCUUGUGAACAGCAAUUCUCAAUACGCUCUUAUCAGAACAUCUACGGGCCGAGAAGAAACAGUUUCUUAAAGAUUGUUGGCGCCCAAAGAAAAAGACUGUUUCACAGAAAAUGUGAGACCCCCUGUGCUGAGAAAAGGUUCUUUCGGGAAUGCGACGCCCUCACUUCAAAGCGAAACAGAAAACAACACAGAGAACUCUUCUCUGAACCCUCCUGUUAACCGAACAACCAAACCACCCCUAUCGGGGAAAGUGGACCCGGUUGAAGCCUCGGACAUCGACUCACCAAGUAACGUUGUUUGUACUGAUACUGAUAGUACUGAUAGUGCCAAUCCAACCUGCCGAUAAAACCUGAGAGAAAGAAAAUCAAAACCCAACUACAGGGUUUAACAGACUUAUGUUUGAUAAACAGUUGCUGUAUAAUAGACUCAUGUGUUUAAUAAUCAGUUUGCUAUUAACCAGUAUUGCAGAUGUGUUUAGAUGUUUACGUUUUCUGGAUCUUUGUAUUUAUGAUAUGUGUAUAUAAUUUAAACGUGGGGUGAAUGUCGUGAAUUUCGCUUCUUUGGUUGUCGCCCCUUAGUGUUUAUUGACAUUUCUUAGCCUGUGUACUGACCGUAUUUUGUAGUCCGUGUUGUGAACUCUACUUUGUGUGUAGUUGUUUGUCAUUCAGUGAAAUAAAACUUUGAAUGUAACAUGGUAUUGUUAUUAUUAAGUACAACACAAGGGUUAAUCCAACUUCUCCCAACGAGGUAUCCAUUGCCACGAGAACCACACAUCUUCAAUCACACUCUCCUUAAACAUUAAAUUAUCACCACAAUAUCAUUGCUCAUUUACUGCUGACCGAAUAUUCAAUAAUAAUUGAUACUAUUGCUUUUGUGUUUGUAAUGUUAUUACAGCACCUUGAGCCUACAUUUUGUUUGUUAACAGAGCUUUAUAUAUAAUAACUAUUAUUAUUAUUCACAGAUAUGUCUGAAUUUGUAGGGUUUAGUCCCCUUAAAUAAUUGUUACACCAUUUUCCCCCAACACAUUAUCCGAUCAACUUGAUAUUAUUUAUUACACCUAAGAAAGCAUGAAUAAAUAAAUAAAAAACAACCAGUUUGUCAAA